CCCGCUUGGUCCAGAAUGCCCACGCUCCCUCUCGACGAGCGUCGUCGGCGAGCGCCGGGCGUGGCCCUCGGACGUCUCGUCAUGGCUCCGGCGGCGUCCUGGAAGGCGCGGAGUCCACCGGGGGCAGGCGGCCGACCGCCGACGCGGGCAUGGCAGCGACACCGUCACGCCACCGGCGGUCCUCCACCGUGUGCGAGGUCACGUACCUCAAGAAGCUGGACGCCACACAGGCCGCGUGCCUGCACCAGAGGUUCGAGCUCCCGGUCCAGCCGCCCGUGCGGCCUGCAUGGGGGCGCGCGUGCAGCUCGCCGACGGAGGGGUCGGCGGCGCGGCCGACUACGGCGUCGAGGCCGUCGCGAAGCAGGCCGCCCGUCGAGAAGUGCGACUUCAGCCAGAUGGUGCAGGAGCGACCCGCGGGCGGAGCUGUCCCUCGUGAGCCACCCGUCACCGUCAAGGCCCCCAAGCUCGAUGCGGAGUCCCAGGUCAGGGUUGUCGCCCCGCUCCGCAAGACGAUCGCGAGCCUACGGAAAACGUCGACGCCGUCAGUGGAGCAAGGCGGCGGGUCUGGUCAACCGGCCGCCGAGGAGUUCGACGGGAAGCACUUGCAUCCGCUGUUUGCCCUCUUGAACCACAGCAUGCAGACCCAGACGAGCUUCGAGCUCGACCGCGCGGCGUUGGGUCUCGACGUGGACCUUGAAUCGGGAGUCCUAGGGAGCCUAGCAUCUGAAGCUCCACAACUCAGGCCGUCUUGCUCCUCCAUUAGGACGACGGCCAGAUCCAGGGCCGCCAUGUCUGUCUCCAGGACCGCGUCCUCGGCCAGCCCCAGGGCAUCCAGGGUGGACCUACCCUCGACCUUCACAAGCAGGGCCAGGGUGGGUGGCUCACUCGCAAAGUCUGCGUCACUCAUGUCCGAAGAGCCAAGCGAAGCCAAGCAGCUCAGCACGUCGUGGCCAGAGGUGAAAUCGCAUCGCCACCGCGACGGAGCCACCAAGACUAACUCUGGGACCAACACACUGCCCAUCCCCACGGCCGAGCGCUGCGUCAGCACUGUGGACAACGUGGCCGCCGUCAAAGUGCACGCGUCGACGUGCCCUGGGAGGUGCACGCCCAGUGGGGUCCCCGCCAUUGUAGUCGAGGACGGCGUCCUGGGCGGCCAGAGAGGAGUCGUCGUCUCCCCGGUGCCGUCCGAGGCCGAGGCCGGUGGGGCGACGCCCACCGCCGAGCACCACAACUUCCUCACCGUGUUGGCCGCUGGCAGCCCACUCGGCGUCAACGUGAUGCCCUGCGUGUCGUGGUCGCACGUGCCUGACGAUCUCUCCAUGACAGACUCCCUCGGCUUCCCGGUCCCGGACCUCAAGUUGCAGGUCAUCCCAUACCCCUGCCCAUGCCACCCGCUCGACGCGCUAAUCAAGAGCAAGGUUGCCGAGAAACAGGUUUCCUUCACCACCUCGAGGCCCAUCGUUGUGGUGGACGAGGACUCGGAGGGCCCAUCGGGCAGGACGGACAGCUCGCCCGACCGACUGCAGGGGCAGCCGCUCCGUUCAGAUCAAAGCGCAUCAUCAGGUUUGCCGGAGGUGGAGGCCGUGGAGGCCGCCGCACCUGCAGCAGUCCCACCGCCGCUGACGCCACCCGAGGCCAGCACGCCGCCCUCCGCAUCGGCCGCCCUGGGCCACCCGCCCCUCACGGACAAGCUGAGCAUGCGCAGCCUCGCCGCCAUCGGCGGCCAGGGCGUGUUCCAGGCCGUCAAGGAGAGCAUCAUGUACUCCACCAUGGCGGCCAUCCCCGUCACUAACGCGUUCGUCAACUUCCUCCCGUGCGCGAUGGAGCGGAGCCUCGGCAACCAGCGCGUGGAGUACGACGCCAGCGAGUUCACGGCCGAGCCCCCCAGCCCCGAGGACGUCCCGGACAACCCCAAGCAGGACUCCGAGCGCGACUCGCCGUGCUCGGUGGACUCCUUGGAGAGGGUGAGAUCCGUAGCUGUGCCCGCGCCCGCGGUGACGCCGGUGACCCAGCCGGAAGUGCCGGUGACGGGCGGCACCUCAGCCUUGCAGCUCGACUGCUACUCCCCCACCGAGUUCACCGCCAGGCAGAGCAGCACCCACGCCAAGAUAGGAAGCAUCAUUUCGGAGAUCUCGGCGGACUUGUGCUCGCUCGGCAUCAGCAAGGCGUCCGCCCCGAGGCUGGCGGAAGUCUCCCGGAGCGCGACCGGAAGUGCCCAGUCCGCGGCCAGCCUCAAACUGGCAGCGGACGGCAGCAGGCUCAUCCUGCGGGCCAGCCGGCGAGCCAGCGUCCGCAGCAAGGCCAGCAGCCCCAUCGUCAUCAUCCCGGCGCUGCUGCCCGCCGCGGCCCCGGGGCCGGAACCGGAAGCGCCGCCGCACAACAGCCCUUCCGAGUCGGAGCAGGAGACGGAGGACGACCGCGAGUCCGACACGCGGCCGCCGUCGCAGCGGCGGAAGGACGGGCGCCCCGGGCCGCCGCUGAUGACCCGCAGGCCGCCGACCCGGAGGUCGCGGGACGGGCGGCGCGGCGCGGCGUGGCGCGCGGCCAGGAGCCAGAGGGAGGCGUCGCCCAGAAGGGUCCCGGACAUGCGCCUGUCGGGCCGCAAGGCGCACGUCGACAACCUGGGCGACAAGGUGGAGAGCCUGUGGGUGAGCCCGUGGACCAAGCAGACCUUCCCCAGCUCCAAGUCCAUCAUCCACGUGGUAGGGGAGGGCAGCCGGCAGCAGUUCAAGUGCGAGGACCCCAUCGAGGCCUCCUGCCCGUCCGUCGCCGGGGACCUGGUGGAGGCCGCGGUGGUCGCCCGGCCGUUGAUGGACAACUGUCUGGAGGCACCGGCGGCCAGCUCGUCCACCGUGGCCGUCCAGGACAAGCAGCCCGCGAAGAAGGCGUCCGCCGAGUCCCUGACCCUGCGCGGGCUGCCAGAGGGGCCGCGGCCGCCGCCCGCGGACACGAGCCGCACCGGCCUACAGGAGAAGGCGGACGCGGUGGCCACGGCGGGCCGCGCGCUCAUCGGCAGGGUGAUGGCGCGGGCGGCCGCGACGCGCACGAGGCCGCCGUUCGCGCUGCGGACGCGCAAGCAGCAGGCCGUGGCGGCCCCGCUCGAGCCCAACGUGGAGGCCUUCGAGUGCAAGCUGUGCAGCGACUACCUGUCGCCGCCGGUGCGCCAGUGCGCGGCGGGCCACGGCCUCUGCCCGUCGUGCCUGGCGGGCGCGGAGAGCUGCCCGCUGUGCGGCCGCUGCGUGGCGGCCUCGGCCACCGCGGACCAGCUCGUGCGCACCGUGCUCUUCCCCUGCAAGAACAGCGGCGUGGGCUGCAAGGAGCUGUACUGGAUCGAGGACCGCGCGCGCCACGAGGCCAAGUGCCCGUUCCGGCCUCGGCCGUGCCCGUGCGCCGAGCGCAGCCAGGUCAUGUGCCCCUGGUCCGGGCUGCGCUCCAUGAUCCGCGGCCACAUGCGGCGCGCCCACGGCCACCACGGCGUCGUCUACCCGUACCGCGCCUUCUUCCCGCUCGAGGACUUCAACCGCGCCGCCUGGGUCGGCCGCACCUCGCACGUCGAGAUCGUGUUCGUGGAGCACGAGAUCUUCGAGCUGCACAAGGUGUUCGACGAGCGCAACGCGUGCCUGUGGGGCAUGCUGCGCCACAUCCUGGCCCGCGACGCCAACGCCCUCUUCAGCUACACCAUCCGCUUCCAGCCCGCCAACAUGCGGCCCACAGUCUCCUUCCGCAACGACGCCAUGGCCGGAGCCGAGGACCUGCACAAGGCCCUGGCGCAGGGCAAGCGCUUCGCCAUGCACCUGGACUGCUUCACCAAGCACCCCGUCGACCUCUUCACCGUCCAGCUCAAGGUGCAGCCGCGCGACCGUAACAAGUGGCCAUGACGCCGAGUCCUUUAGACUGCCUCACAGUGUGACGCUGUUAUUUUCAUAAAAUCGCUACCUGCGUGUAGCUUUGACGGCCAGUGGUCUGCUCGCCUGUGUUUUAUCUCGUGUAUUUGACAAGCAGACACAUUUGUGUUCUGCGCAGAGGAUUUAAUGUACAUAAUUGUUUCGUUAAACGCGCUCGACUGUGACAAGACUGCUCUUGUGUUUAUAGUAAACCGGUUUACAGUCCAGCGACUUCUCUGUUAAUUGAUUUGUAAUGAUAAUAAUAAUA